GUCCCGCCAUUCAUUGUUGAACAUUGAAUAAAUUCAAUCAACUGUCAAUGUUAUACUAAAUCAUUCAACCACUCAGUAGCUGUAUACUACUGUAGUAGUAAUUUAAUAGUAAUAAAUAAUGUAUUACAUAAAUAUCAUAUACAUAAAUGAUGUAUGAAUGUAGUCUUUAACAUUAUGAUGAAACACGGUUAUCCUCCACAUCGUAAUCAACAACAAUCAAUAGUGUCAUCACCGAAGGUAUCAUCACCACCAUCACCAUCUAAUGCAUCUAUAAAAAGCCUUAAUCAUCAUCAUCAUUAUGUUUUAACUAAUGAAAAUCUAAAUUUUAAUUUUGAUGAAAUUCGUCAAGAAUUAGCUAAUCUCGGUGUUACUGGUUUAAGUGAAGACCAAUUGGCUUGUUUAAAACAUGAUUUAGAUUUGAUAAUUAGUCAAGAGAAACAAGCACUCCGGUAUUGUUUACUAUCAUCAUCGGAAUCUAGGAAUGAUAGAAGGUUUGGAGAUGACGGUGAUGAUCGUCAUCAUGAUGGUGAGAGUUAUUCCAAUGAUGAUGAUACGGAGGAUGGCGACGACAACAGCAACAACAAGAAAAACAACACAAUAGACAGUGAGAAAAAGAAAUCUGUGUGUUAUUCAUCACUGACAUCUUUAUCCUCUUCACCGUCAUGUUUUUCUAUAACAUCUGAGGAAUUUUCAAAUUGUGAUGAGAAUGCUGGUGACUAUCAUACUAGUAGUAAUAAUAAUAACAAUAAUAGUAAUAAUAAUUAUGGUGAUGAAAAUAUAAACAAUGUGAGAAGAAAUGACAUUUCCUCAAAGAAGCAGAUUGUUCCAAAGUUAUCGCUGAUGAAUAAAACAACGAAUCAACAAUCCAUAGAGAAUAAAAAUUUUGUUAAAUAUCGUCAACUAAUGAAAAUGAACGGUCAGAAUGAUCACAGUAACAGUGCACUGUUAAAUGAGAAUGCAACAAAAUCCUCGUCUUCCUCCCUUAUACGAAAAUCACAAAGAUUAACAAAAUUCAACAAUAGAAAUUCAAUUGAUUUCCUUUCACCAAAAUAUACAAAUUUAUCUGGAAAAGCCAAGACUGCUGGUGCUGAUAAUUAUAAUAAGAAAUUGGUUGAUAGCAAUCAUCAUUUAUAUGAAAAUGAGACGAAACAUUCUACAACUGAUCCACAAUUGGCUACAGAUAUUCUUUCUUCAACAAUGUAUGAUAUGCGAACAUCUUAUCUGUUAUCGAAUGAUGAUGUCAAAGAUGAUGAGGAUAACGACGAUGAUGUGGUGGCAGUGGUCGAAGGCGAUAUUAAUAAGGAGAAUGACGGCAGUGGCACACCGCCACGACCACUACCACCGACAUCAUUAUCAAGUAAAGCAUUUACACGAUAUCAACAGCAACGACAAAGGCAAGAGCAGUCUCAUCGAACAAAUAUUGAUCAAAAAUACCACCACAACCACCACCACCAUCAUCAACAUCAACAUCAUCCACACCAGGAAGAACAGAAUCAAUUACAACAGACUGUAGAUGCACAAUAUCAUCAUCAUCAUCAUCAUCAUGACAAGUCUAGCGUUCAACCAAUUCAUCCAGAAUCUCGUAUUAUAAAGUUUAAGCCUAUUAUACUUCAUAAUCCUCUAUCGUUAAGCUCAUCUCAACAAACAAGUAGUAUGACUGUAGCACCAGCAUCCUGUUGGAGUAGUCAAUCGUAUUCUGAUCUGCCUCAGUCACCAUCAACAACAACAACAACAAUUCAAGAUAAAUAUUCCACAUUGAUGAAUCCUAUUGACAGACGGAAUUCAGCUGUUCAGUGUUCAUAUACUGGUGAUAAUAUCUGUAAGAAGUCUGUUAAACAGCCUAUACAAUCAUCACAUAAAGGAGAAGAAGAUAAAGCAGAAGAAGAAGCGAUGAUGAAAACAAAGAAAACAAUCCAUCGAAAUAUUUUACCCAAUACAGAAGACUGUGAUCAGUAUUCAGGUGUUAUUGAAAAUUAUAUACUUGAACAAAGUCGUGGAAUCAAACACGAUCCAAGCCAUGAGGUGUUACUUGCACCAGUAUUCAUUAAAUCAGCAACGACAGCACCAACAACAACAGCUACAACACCGUUGACAAAUAAAAAAUCUCAUCCAUCAACACAAACUUCUAAAGAUCCGCUUUCUAAGGUGAAAACAUUCUACCAACGUUAUCAACAAUCACAAAAUCCUAACCAUAAUCAUCAACUUCGUCAAGAAUUACAGUCGAAGUUUGCAUCAACACCUCAGGGACAAUAUGUACAUGUUAUUAAUGCUGGUACUAAAAAGCCAUCAACUUCUAAUUCAUUAACUCAUGGUGAAGAUGAUGAUGAUGAUAACAUUUCGCCGUCGACAACAACAAACACAAGGAAUAAAUUAACCUCAAGGAAAAUUGAUCCUUUAAUGAGUACUUUGCCAACAAAACGAAAUAUUUCAUCUGCCACAUCAAGAAGAUCAGCACGAUUUUUAGAUGAUCCUGUUGAUCAAGUUCAUAGUUUACCACAACGACCUAAAUCAUCAUGUCUACAGUAUUAUCAAAAGCCAAAUAGUUUACAUCAAAACUUUUAUGAUACUCAAUCGGCAUACAGUCGAAAUUCACAACGAUCUGGAUCAUCUAGUGUUGUUACACGUCGACGACAAGAUCCUGUAGCUCGAUAUCAUGCCUAUCAACGUAGUUGGUUAUUACAUUCAACACCUGGUGAAAAUGCUCGACGUGUUCUUCGUUGGAAUAUUAAAACUGCAAUGAUGCAUAGAGAAGUACCGCUGUUACAGCGUAAUUCAGCUGAAGUUGCCCGUCUUUUAGGUCCAUAUGCAUCAGCUUAUUUAGAAGAAGAAAGAAAACGACGAAUUAAAGCCUUAAAAUUGGAUUAUGUUCCACCAACAAGUCGACGUUAUGAUGCUUUACGUCAAAGUAUUCGAUCGUUAAUGACGAAUCCAAGUUGAGCUGUUUGCUUCUAAUAGGAAAUUAUAUAUAUUUGUGAAGUCGUGUUGAAUACACUUUUUGUAUUCAAUGUUAUUCAUGUGUAUACAUUUAUUCGACCAAAUAUUGGGGACACUAAUCUUACGCUUAUUGCAUACUUCGUUACUGUAUACCAAGUAAUUACUCAGUCAACAAUCUUUUGAUUAUAUCUACUAUUUGUUUACCCCCUAGUCUCUAUCCAAUUAUUUAUUGUUAUGAUGGAUGAAAUCAAAUAUCCCGCUUAAUCAUUCCGCUUAAUUUGAUUGGUUGGUUAAUUCUAUGAAAUAUAUAACUCGUUGAUUGGUUGAUUCACCCAGUCGAUUGUUCGUGGCUUCAUGAAGAAAAACUCUGCGUGUUGUUUGAGUUUACGUCACUUCCCCUCCCCUACCACCCAUAAUAUUCCCUGUGAAAAUUGAUCUUUCAAUGCAAACGUAAAAAAACAUUCCACAUUCUGUGUAUUUUAGGUUUUUUAUGUUUUGUUUAUGUUUUUUCACAUAUUGCCAUUUUGGUUUACUUUUUUUAAUAUAUAUUUUUAUUUUAUUCUGUGUCUUAUAAACAUUACUGAGCAUUUAGUUUUUAUUUCUUUCAAUUUGAUGCUUUCCACAUUUACACUGCUUGUCGUUGUUAAUAAUAGCUUUUGUUUUUGUUUAUUCUUUAUCCUUUGGUAAUAUUUUCUUUGCAUUUUUGUUUAAAUCAGUUAUCUUAGUAUAUAAACAAUAUACACUUGCCAUAUGAUGUAAUACGAAUAAACGGUA